GCUGCCUUCUGUGUUGUCACUCUAAACACUUCAUAUAUCAUAGUAAAACUUGCUUGUUGACGGGCGGCUCCAGGAUUCACAAUUAUUGGGGGUGCAGGAGGGCACUCUGUCACUUGGCACUACACAGUGGUAGGCCGCCACCCCCGUCAUCCCCCUUUAGAGUCGCCCCUUUGUAGAGCCCUGGCUUUCUACUCCUAAUCCGGUGUAGUUCAUGUGUGUUAAUGCAUGUAUAAUUGUUCUCAAACGUUUGUGGUCUAGAAGGGCUCUCUUUGUGGGUUAACGUGUGUACAGUGCCAGUAACCGCGUCGGAAUGUUCACGAUGCCGCAUCUCCUGACAAGGUUGUAUUAAAAAAAUGAAAAUGCAACUUGCCAUUCAACGUUGAGACUUGUGUGUUAUCUCAAAGGAAUAAAUUACAACAGCAAUUAAGAACAUAAUCAGCAGGCUGUUCUAAAUUUCUACCUGAUAGCAGUGCCUGCAUGACACGUGCAUUAUUGAGACGGAAGGUAAAACUGUGUCAACCGAGUUUUAAAACAACUGCUGUAUUGUUCACCUGCAAGCUCGCCACAAAAAUAGUGCAGUUGCAGAAUAGUGGGAAAGACAAAAAAAAAAAAUCUAGACAGCUAUUAAUGCCAAGGCCUCACAAAAGUAUGAAACAUGCCAAUAUCAAAUUGUGCUAAUAUGUGAAUCUGAAACUUAAGAUGUACCAUUGUGCUGCUCCUGCAAAAGAAUAAAAAAGAAAAAACAAGAACAUGUUGACAGAAUAAUACUCUUGGCAUUCCUACAUUUCUUUUUUUCAGCUGAACCAUAAUGUUUCCAUUCUACCUGUCACCUCACAUGCUUUAUCGGGCUACAUUUUCUUUAAAUGUCAAUUCAUUGAAAAGACACGAAAAAUAAAACCAUGUCUAAAGCUUAUAGAUUUGUUACAUCUUUGAUAAAGCCUUGUACUUUGUUGUUUAUCAUGACCUUCCUGUCCGUAAGGGAUUGUGGCUCACAGUAUGGUUUAGAGAAAUAAUUUAAUUACAAGAACUAGUGCUUUAACUCCACUCAAUGAUUGGCAGAGCUUUUAUGUUUCUGCAGGUGUACUGGUGAGUACUGGUGGAUAAUAAACACAUCCCAAGAAUGGUCGAGGAAUUUGUGUGCAUUAACUGCUACAAUAUAGCGAGUACAUUAAAAGCAAUCCAUGCUUGCAGUAAGUCUACUUGGCUAAAUUAAGAUGCACUGGAACAUAUCUGCCAACAUGUAGACGAGCUAUCAGUAUAAAUUAAUGAUGAUAAAGGUCUUCUUGAUCUUGCAUGCUCCUCUAGAACACUUGCACCUUGACCCUGCAUGUAAACGGUGUGUACUGUAGUUUCAGCUGUACAAAGGUAGAUAGGUUAUGAUAGAAAUUCUGCAUCUGGUUUAUAUCCCUGCCUCUCAUAAUAAAAGUAUUAUUAUCCUGAGAGAGUAAAUGUGUACUAAGUUCAAUUUGGGAAUGGUCAGCAGAUGCUGGUUGAAAAAAAAAAAAACCUAACAUACUUUGUUAACUUGCUUGGGCUUUUAGAAGUGACAGUGUUUGUUUGAUAUUGGUGAGCAUGCUUUGUGGUGAUUUAGUAUAUGGAACCUGUCUCUUAAAACAUUUCUUGUAUUAUCAACACUCAGGCAUUUCAUUUAUUUGACUGCUGGAGCAACAAGUGCACUUGUAUCUUUGCUGCACUUGUGCAAAGUGUACGAUGUGGAACACUUGGGCAUGUAGCCAUUUGUCUGCUUAUUGUGGAUAGUGGAACAUUUUCAAGUAGUAAGCCAUCACUUUGUUGUAAAAAGUGGGUUAAAGUGCUGCUUGCAGCAUUUGGAGAAGCUCAUGUGGCAGUGUAACAAUGCCAGAAGUACAGCAUCCCCUUUGCUUAAGUACACUGUGCCCUGCUGUCGCUGCAAAAAAGGAAAAGAAGCAAGGCAAAAAAAAAAACAAUAUGGUUGUAGAAGUGAUAGGGAAAUCCUCAGGAAAACACUCCUCCGGAGUGUCCCAGGGCAUGGAGAUAAAAAGCUGCACAAUGUGUGAAAGCCCGGCAUUCGAGGAGGAGAGGCAUAGACAGGAAGUCACUUCCUGUGGAGGGGCCCGGCAGGCCAUUCCUUCUUCCUGUUGUAUGACUGGGCCUCGCUGUUAAAACCGUCAGCCACCAGCAACAACCAUCUUUUCAAAUUUGCAAUGGCGAGUAAGGCUGUAUUGCUUGUGAUACUCCUGUUCAACCUUACAGCAGCGCAGACUAGUACAAGCAUGUCUACUAUAGACUUGGCAACUGGUAGUACCACCUUCACUUCAGCAUCACAUGAAGAAGUCAACCUCAAUUGCACUUUCAUCGCCCCCUUACUGGACUGUCGUGGUGAGCAGACGCACCUCCCACUUUUACCGCUUCUGACUGAGAAGCUAUUGAAAGCGCUACAAAGUGGUAGCCCAGUUACAACACUUUUUUUGGCCAUUGAGUCACUUGGCUCCCUUGAAAAUGGUUCUGUGGCUUUAGAAAACAUACAGGAGCUGCACAUUGUCAGGAGUGACAUUUCCACUUUGCUACCAGGUGCAUUUGUGAAAGCAGCAACCCUUCAUGCCCUUGACCUAUCUGAGAACAAGCUGGCAUUAGUGCCGAGCAGUGCACUGAAAGACCUCUCCAACCUGACAUCACUAAAUCUGUCAAACAACCAUAUCACGGAGUUGACUGAAGAAACCUUCAAGAACAUCCACAGUCUCAAGAGUUUGUCGCUUGAGAGAAAUGAAGUCUCAUCAAUUGUUGUGGGCACUUUCUUCCACAUGGAACAUUUGGAAGAUCUCAACUUGUCGCAUAACAAGCUGACUGCAUUUGACUCAAGUGCAUUCGGUAAAACAGCACUUCAAAUCUUGAAGCUCAGCUUUAACCAUCUCACAUCAAUUUCUCUGGAGAAUUCCCUUGGAUUCCUCAAGCAUCUUUACCUUGACCACAACCGUCUCACCAGUGCAACAACAAAACUUGAUGUGCCAAGCCUUGCCACAUUAGAUGUCAGCUACAAUGCCUUGGAUAAACCAAAAUUUGAUUCACUAGCUUCACUGCUGACCUUAUCAAUAUCUCACAACCCACUGACAAUUCUCUCAAGGAGCUGGCUGGAGCCCCUGCACAAACUUGAAACUCUGGAUGCAAGUUGGUGCAAGCUCAAGAGACUGGAUAGCCACUCUUUAUCAGGAAUUGGAAGUCUAAGGCUGCUUAAUGUCAGUGACAAUCAAAUUGACUCUGUAGACUCAACAGCAUUUGUGGGACUGUACUCACUUACCACACUCGACUUGUCAAACAAUGCACUUACUUACAUCAACCAGAACCACACUGCAGACCUGGGACAGCUGGAGCACAUUGACUUGUCAGGAAACAGCAUAGAAUACAUAUUCGCUGGAGCCUUUGCCCACUGUCCUCGCUUAAGGAGCAUUAACCUCAAUGGAAAUUUUCUUGACUGUGGCUGUAUACUUCAUGGCUUCGGCAGCUUCCUAAAGCAUGGAAAUUUUUCCGAAGAAACUCUGUCUUCGGCAGUAUGUGAUGACGGCACGCGCAUCAUUGAAUUUGACUUUGAUACACUUGGGUGCCCUAGAGACAGUGUGCAAACUACUGAAGUCCUGCCUUCAACAACUACCUUGCCUGAAAUUAGCACACCUGCAACCUCGGAACUGAAUGCCACACAACACACUAUAGUGCCAUUUAACGGCCGUCUUACAUUAGUACAUGUGGAACAAGAUAAUGACAAACUCUCUGUUACAUGGAAUGCACAUAGUGCUAGUGAUCAUCUUGAUAAACUGCAGUGUAUGCUAACUGUCGUCAUUAUUGGAGAAAAGACACGUACCGAGUUACCUGGUCCCUGCCCUCCCAGCUUGCACAAUAGAACAUUCCACAUCUUUAUCACUAAGCCUGGAGCAAAGUUCGAAGUGUGCUUGCUAGCUUUCAGAAAUACAACAGAAGUGGCUCGCAGUUGUAGCAUCCUUAACACAACUGACGUCAAGACGACAACACCAGUGGCAGUGCCUACAAUGGGUUUUGUGAAUACAACGCUGCCUUAUGAGGGAACCACAGCUGUUAUCUUUAGUGAAAUGUCAGCGGUAACAACAGAGAUGGAAAUUCAGACACCAGCACAGAGGGCAGAAGACGGAGAGUUCCUGCAUGAUCUCAGAUUUCGCAGUCGCCUUUCAGCACAGCACCAGCUCAUCGUUUCGUGGAAUUUUCUGCCUCCUUUUCCCGCCAAGUCAAAGUGCCGUUUCAAUGUAACAGUGCUCUGUAACAAGGAUCCGCUGGUACAGACAGAGGCGCCCUGCUACACUGCUGGUCAAGUAAUGGUGGCUCGCAUCAGUGAGUACAGCGAUUAUGAUGUCUGCUUCAGCCAGCAGGUUCUCAGCAUCCCUGCGGACUGUCAUGAAAUCAUGCCUGCAAAGCGUGCUGACAACAGUGACAUUGCAGUGGGAGCUGCAGCUACUGGGGGCCAAAGAGAGACUCGCAUACCUGUGGCUCUACUCAUCAUGAUUGCUGCCUUGGCCCUGAUAGCAAUCCUGGCCAUUGCUUUGUUCCUCCACAGAAGACUUGGGAAGCGAGCUAUAGCACGCAGGAAGGUGGGAGAAAGUGUGUUCCAUUUGCAGAUGAAUCGGCGCUCGGGAACCUACGUGGUUCAAGACACAACUGAGGCACGAACCACACUUACUACUUCAGCGUCUCAAGAUGGGACAAAGAUGUCACAAAGAGCAUCAUCUAUAGAUGAACUGUAACAAAAUCUGUGCCUGGAACUUAUUGUGCUGAGAUUUUCCGUGCAUGGAGGAAGAAAAUGUACAUAAACUAGCCUUGUCCACACCAGACUCACUAUGUAAUUAUGUCAUAUUGAAAACUUACAUAGUAGGCAUUGUAAAUAAACCUUUUAUGUUGUAA